AUGGGGCUGCAGCAGUCCAAGGAGGAGCUGCUGUACCAGCAGGUCAACUACGGCAACGUCGAUAGGAUUCGCACCCUCCGGGCGCAGGGCGCAGGCCUUGAGUGGGUUGACAAGGAAGGGAAGACACCCCUGAUGGUCGCCUGCAUGCGGCCUGAUCUCCUGAAUGUGGCCAAGGUGCUGAUUGAAUUGGGAGCUAAUGUGAAUGCGUACCGGCCUGGAUCACAUUCUAAUCCUUUUAUAACAAAUGAUGAUUGUAACACUGCACUUGAAUUGGCAAGAGAAAAGGGCCAUGUGAAUGUUGUAUGGGCCAUAGAGGGACGGAUUUCUCUUUUUGGUGGAUGGAUGUGGGAGAAUUAUGCUCCUGCUUUUCUGGAUGCCAUUGCCCCACAGUUCAUGACAAGCAAGAUGUAUUAUUUUCUUUAA